CUGUGCAGUGUGAAGGACGAAAGAUCUACAAGCCAUGUGGUCCAGCAUGUGCAAACACGUGCUCAAGUUCUUGUGAUCAAAAUUCAGUUUGUCCUGUGGCUUGUGUCGAAGGUUGCCACUGUCCUGAAGGCACAGUGGAGCACAAUGGAAAAUGCAUACAGCAGGAAAACUGCCCGUGCAUCGUUGGUGGGAAAGCGUAUAAUGCCACUGCAUUUGUUAUUAAGAAUUGUCAGAGAUGGUAAUUAAUAUUUGUUUAUUUCAUGCUGUAAUAUGGCAUAUUCAUGAAAACAGUGCCGUAUAUUUAUACGCAUUUCUUCAACUUAAUACAUAUUGAGAAAUACAUGUCAAAGAAUGACUACACUGAGUAACAUAAUUGAGUAUGUUGCUUCCUGGUAUUCUGGUAUUCUAAUAAAAAUCUGGUUAACAUAACUAUUAAGAGAUAUAAAAUGCCUUUUUCAAAUGCUUUGUGAAAAAGAUGAUUUAAUCAUUCUCAUUCCAGCGUCUGUAGAAAUGGUUGCCUUAGCUGCACUGGUCCAACAUGUACCACAACAGGUAAGAUAUUUUGUCAAUAUGAGUCACUAUACAUCAAAGUCUAAACUGCCCAUGUUAACUAGUAUUUACUAAAUAUUGCUGAAACCUAUCAUUUGUUUAUAUAAAACUAUAGAUUUCGAGCAGAUGCGUGUAACUAAUGUCACUGCCACCUGAUCAGUCGAUCAAUCUGUUUAAUGUUUCACUUUUAUACAACUAUUUGUUUAAUAGUUCCUUCCACAACUCCAGUUAGUACAACAAGCAGUACAACGGGCUCAACCACUCUAACUAGUAUAGCACCAAGUGCAACCGGCUCAACAAUUCCACCUAGUACAACACCAAGUACAACUGGCCCAACAACUCCAGCUAGUACAACACCAAGUACCACUGGCUCAACCACUUCUUAUACUGCUUCAAGCACCAAACCGCCUGUGAAACCAGACAGCACCACUGCUUCAACUCCAACUGUAAGUACCACUGGAUCAACCACUCCUUAUUCAGCUUCAAGCACCAAACCGCCUGUGAAACCAGAGAGUACCACUGCUUCAACUCCAACUGUAAGUACCACAGAAUCAACCCCUCCUUAUUCAGCUUCAAGCACCAAACCGCCUGUGAAACCAGAGAGUACCACUGCUUCAACUCCAACUGUAAGUACCACUGAAUCAACCACUCCUUAUUCAGCUUCAAGCACCAAACCGCCUGUGAAACCAGAAAGUACCACUGCUUCAACUCCAACUGUAAGUACCACUGGAUCAACUACUCCUUAUUCAGCUUCAAGCACCAAACCACCUGUGAAACCAGAGAGUACCACUGCUUCAACUCCAACUGUAAGUACCACUGGAUCAACGACUCCUUAUUCAGCUUCAAGCACCAAACCGCCUGUGAAACCAGAGAGUACCACUGCUUCAACUCCAACUAUAAGUACCACUGGAUCAACGACUCCUUAUUCAGCUUCAAGCACCAAACCACCUGUGAGACCAGAGAUUACCACUGCUUCAACUCCAACUGUAAGUACCACUGGAUCGACGACUCCUUAUUCAGCUUCAAGCACCAAACCACCUUUGAAACCAGAGAGUACCACUGCUUCAACUCCAACUGUAAGUACCACUGGAUCAACGACUCCUUAUUCAGCUUCAAGCACCAAACCACCUGUGAAACCAGAGAGUACCACUGCUUCAACUUCCACUGUAAGUACCACUGGAUCAACCACUCCUUAUUCAGCUUCAAGCACCAAACCGCCUGUGAAACCAGAGAGUACCACUGCUUCAACUUCGACUGUAAGUACCACUGGAUCAACCACUCCUUAUUCAGCUUCAAGCACCAAACCGCCUGUGAAACCAGAGAGUACCACUGCUUCAACUCCAACUGUAAGUACCACAGAAUCAACCACUCCUUAUUCAGCUUCGAGCACCAAACCGCCUGUGAAACCAGAAAGUACCACUGCUUCAACUCCAACUGUAAGUACCACUGGAUCAACGACUCCUUAUUCAGCUUCAAGCACCAAACCACCUGUGAGACCAGAGAUUACCACUGCUUCAACUCCAACUGUAAGUACAACUGGAUCAACGACUCCUUAUUCAGCUUCAAGCACCAAACUACCUGUGAAACCAGAGAGUACCACUGCUUCAACUCCUACUGUAAGUACCACUGGAUCAACGACUCCUUAUUCAGUUUCAAGCACCAAACCACCUGUGAAACCAGAGACUACCACUGCUUCAACUCCAACUGUAAGUACCACUGGAUCAACGACUCCUUAUUCAGCUUCAAGCACCAAACCACCUGUGAAACCAGAGAAUACCACUGCUUCAACUUCGACUGUAAGUACCACUGGAUCAACCACUCCUUAUUCAGCUUCAAGCACCAAACCGCCGGUGAAACCAGAAAGUACCACUGCUUCAACUCCAACUGUAAGUACCGCUGAAUCAACCACUCCUUAUUCUGCUUCAAGCACCAAACCACCUGUGAAACCAGAGAGUACCACUGCUUCAACUCCAACUGUAAGUAUCACUGGGUCAACGACUCCUUAUUCAGCUUCAAGCGCCAAACCGCCUGUGAAACCAGAGAGUACCACUGCUUCAACUUCAACUGUAAGUACCACUGGAUCAACCACUCCUUAUUCAGUUUCAAGCACCAAACCACCUGUGAAUCCAGAGAGUACCACUGCUUCAACUCCAACUGUAAGUACCACUGCAUCAACCACUCCUUAUUCAGCUUCACCUUCAAGCACCAAACCGCCUGUGAAACCAGAGAGCACCACUGCUUCAACUUCGACUGUAAGUACCACUGGAUCAACCACUCCUUAUUCAGCUUCAAGCACCAAACCGCCUGUGAAACCAGAAAGUACCACUGCUUCAACUCCAACUGUAAGUACCAUUGAAUCAACCACUCCUUAUUCUGCUUCAAGCACCAAACCACCUGUGAAACCAGAGAGUACCACUGCUUCAACUCCAACUGUAAGUACCACUGGAUCAACCACUUUUUAUUCAGCUUCAAGCACCAAACCACCUGUGAGACCAGAGAGUACCACUGCUUCAACUUCAACUGUAAGUACCACUGGAUCAACCACUCCUUAUUCAGUUUCAAGCACCAAACCACCUGUGAAACCAGAGAGUACCACUGCUUCAACUUCAACUGUAAGUACCACUGGAUCAACCACUCCUUAUUCAGUUUCAAGCACCAAACCACCUGUGAAACCAGAGAGUACCACUGCUUCAACUUCAACUGUAAGUACCACUGGAUCAACCACUCCUUAUUCAGUUUCAAGCACCAAACCACCUGUGAAACCAAGCACCAAACCACCUGUGAAACCAGAGAGUACCACUGCUUCAACUCCAACUGUAAGUACCACUGGAUCAACCACUCCUUAUUCAGCUUCACCUUCAAGCACCAAACCGCCUGUGAAACCAGAGAGCACCACUGCUUCAAUUCUCAACUGUAAGUACCACUGGAUCAACCACUCCUUAUUCACCACUCCAACUGCAAGUACCACUGGCUCAAAACCUACGCCAGUAACACCAACAACAUGUCCGAAGAAAUGCGGACCAAACUUCCUCUGUCUUGUUGACUGUUCGUGCAUUCCACAAGAAUGGGUAAGUAAAAAUAAUAUAAUUGGAGUUGAGGGCGUACUAGUAGAUUAUUAUUCUAGACGAAGGCAGAUAGAAAUAGUAUGUUACAAAUUUCAAUGUUUAUGUUUACGGAUGAAAUUUAAUGAAAAACCAAACAGUGUAAUGCAAAAAACGUAUGGUAUGAAUAUUCAUGAAUAAAAUCGAAUAUAUUCCCGAAUAAAAUAAAAAAUAUUUGAAAAUCACAGAGUUUGUAAGCAAUCCAUCAUGCUUUUCGCGUUUAGUGAUCGAGUUAUCACAAGAACCGCAUCGCAAGCGCAACGAUUCUAAAAACGCAAAACUGGUUAUAAAAAAAACUGCGAUUUAUUGUAAACUUGAGUCACGCCGAAGCUUGGUUUCCAUUAAAUCGUAAUUAUCGCAAAAACCGCAUCGCAAGCGUCGCAACGAUUUUAAAAGCGCGAAAUUUUUAAUAAAAACUGCGAUUUAUUGGAAACUUGAGUCACGCCAAUAACUAAGACUCUUACGACAACGUCGCAAAGAUUACUGCGAUUUUUGCGAUACGGAAUUUCCGUUGUUUUCAAACCACUGCCUUGCAAGCUAGUCUUUAAUUUACUUACCUUAUUUUCAGGCAUUUUUUACCUAUAGUGCCGUGGCUGCUAAAUUACUCUAACAGUAUGCAUAUUGAUGAACGUUUCGCAGCUCUCAUGCAAUUCCCAUCCGCGACUCUACACAAACAUAAUUUUUGCUUAGCGUUAUUGCCCCGAGUUGCUGGGGGCCCCUGAAAAAUUUUUGUUGGGCCCCAGCCUUUUUUGUGUGUUAAAUAUUUCCGCGCAAAGGACAAAAUACCGAAUUUUGGCAUAGAAAACUGAGAUAAAGUCCCUCGAAAGCAAUAGCAACGUACUCGUCCGGAAAAAUUUUGUAAUCCGGAAAAAAAUUUUUACCCCUAAAAUGGUACACUGACCGAAAAAGUUUUGGCGACGGGGGGGGGGAGGACGAAAAAAAAUGUUCCGGGAAAAUUUUUUUAGAUAGGGCCCCUAAAAAAAAAUUUGCCCCGGGCCCCCGCCAACCUCUGGGCGGCCCUGGAGUUAUGACACCUAAAUGACUCUAACAGAGCACGAUGUCGGUCUCAUAACUAUUAUAUGCAAUUUUUGUCAGGUUUGUGAUGGUAGUGACGACUGUGGUGGGACAGAUGAAAUAAAUUGUACUAAAACUACUGCAAGACCACCAAACAUUACAACAACAGCAAUAACGCCAUCAUCAUCUCCGACUCCAACGACUCCUUGUCCUAGUGACAUGGUAAGAAACAAUACAUCAUAUUAUUAUUAUUAUUAUUAUUAUUAACUCCUAUUUAAAAACGGUAACCCUUCAACACACCUAGGUAGUUGAUUUCCAAGGGGCCGUUUAAAAUAUUUACAAAAUGUUAAAAAGUUAAAAAUAUACAUUAUUUACAUCACAACAACAUAAUUAGGAUUUAACAUGCAAGAAAUGUUGUCAAAAAGUAAGAUAUUUACAGAAUAAUACAAAGUAACUUAAUUAACAUGCAGGAAAUAUCAAAUAUAGAAAAAUAUUUACAGAAGAGAAUCACGUAUUAUUUGCGGUCGAGAGCAGCCUUAAAUUGUCCAAUUGUCAUAUGUGUUGCUUUUGUAUUAUUUGACGUUUUAAUAUUUUGACUCUAAUAUUUGACUGUUUUUAUACUGUUUUAAUAUUGUCUACUACGUAAAUAAAUUCUGAAACAUAACCUUUUUGUCGAUUAGUAAAAGUUGUGAUAAUUAAUAAAAUGAACGGGUGUACUGUAUCUAAUAAUUAAAGAGAAAAUAAAUGGUUAACAAUUAUCAAUGAGCUUUAAAGUUUGUGAGUUCACGCAACCAGGUAUAAUAUGAGUCAUGUUUUCGCUCGCGCUACUCUAAAUGAAUGAAAAGCCCAGUCGAAUUGCAUUACCGACCCGACGUUUCUACACUGCAGGGAUGAUUUAUAUACCAAUUAUUAAUGAGGUCCAACAUACAGUAUAGAAAUAUUGGAGUCCUAUACUCUGUAGAAUUUGAUAGGUAACUCCCAAGAUACAUUUAAAGCUUCCUUCUAACAUUCAUUUUGCUUAAUAAUCUUUCUACUGUUUUAUUAUUAUUUAUUGUAGGUUUUUACAGAUUGCCGUCCCAAAUGUAUUUCCUCGUGUCAAUAUAUGGGUGCUUGCCAGUCUAACGAUUACCAACCUCCGAGUAACAAAGACCUCUGCAAACCAGGAUGCGUUUGUCCAAGUAAUACAGUCCAUAAUGGAAGUCAUUGCGUUCGGCCAGUGGAAUGUCCUUGCAAACAUAACGGUUCCUACAUUGAGCCACUCAAAUCCUGGACAAGUGGAUGUGAUAUAUGUUCGUGCUGGAAUAACAGUGUCACUUGUGAGCCUAAACCUUGUCCAACUAUCGGAAAUUGUUUCCCACCAUUAUUCAAAAUUGUGAUGAAAAAUUGUUGCCCCAAGUGCAUUGAGUAUGUACAACCCCCUCCUGUCACACCAUCCUGUCCGAGUAAUGAGUAUAAAUGCUCGAGCGGGAAAUGUAUUUUGAAGAGCUGGUUUUGCGACAAAGAACAGGAUUGUCCUAGUGGCGAGGAUGAAGUUAACUGUACAAAUAUUACUCCUUCUUGUCAGGAUUCUCUUGGAGUUGGUAAGUCCUAGCCUAUAUAAAGUAUAAGUGUUAAUUGUUUCGUUUUUUAUGAAUGAAACUGCCUCAUUUGGUAAACAUUAUUUGCAAUUAACUGAAAACCUUAUAAAAAAGCAGGUUGGCUUUCUUUCAGGAUUUUUUGUAAUACAAUAGUUUUGAUUCGUUUCUUAUGUCGGCUAAACAUGGUUUGUGCAGUUUUGUUUUUGGUUUGUUUGCUGUACAUCUUCAACAUGUACUUUCAGUGUGUUACUCCGAGUGACCAGCACCUACUAGGCUGGUAAGCUCAAAAUUGCUUGACUGCUGUGAGUAUAUCGUCCCCGGGACCUUUGUUUUACGAAUCCAACAAUCAUUAGACUUAUGUUCUUGCAUUGGUUUUGUUUUCUUCUUUGUUGUGCAAAAUUUCUGUGUGGGUUCGUUUUGUUUCGUGUGCUUUUGUUUUUUCUUGAUUCUACUUUACUUUCCCUCAGCUAGCUGUUCUUCUUUGUUGUAUAUUCGAGUUCAACUUAUGUAUUUCUCAGAUAUUGAUUCAUUCGUUUAUUGUUAGAACGAAAUGGUGCCAUUCCUGAUGAGAACUUCGCAUCAUCAUCAAUAUUCAUGAAUAACAGGUUUUGGAGUGCCAGCGAGGGUCGUCUCAACAAUACUCAUAUUCUCAACAAAGGUUCGGGUGUAUGGUGUGCUUCCAGUGAUGAUAAGAAACCUUGGUUAAGCGUGAAAUUGCUAGAAACUGCGCAAGUGACACGGAUUGCUAUUCAAGGAUCACCGAAAAUCUAUGCAAAACUGGUGAAAAAGUACAAGAUAAGCUACAGUAUGGACGGUAAAAAUUGGAUUUUUUAUCAAGAAAACGGUGAAGAGCAUGUAAGUAACCAAUGACUAAAUACUCUCCCUCACGCAACGCUAUAUGCAUCGAUAGCACUAGUAAGCAAACGGAAACUGGAGGUUUAACUCUUGGUUUGACCGUUGAGCUUCCUAACUGAUCAUGAUUGGUACAUUGGUCUAUUAGACCCAUUUUUAUGGCCGUUCGAAGCAAGGGGUCAUCAUGUCUACCAGUGGCGUAGUAAACUCGAUAAUUGGGGGGGGGGGAAUAUUCAUAUAUUCGUGUUCACAGACCUUAAAAACAAUUGAUUUCAAUUAGCCCCCCCCCCCACCAAUUAUCGAGUUUGCUACGCCACUGAUGUCUGCCGAUAUGCAACGUAACUAUCACAAGAAUUUAAUGAUCGAUUGGGAGAACCAGCAGACUUUUAACCUAGUAUCAAAAUUUAUCACUUAGAUUAGUGAAUAUUCGAUGCCCGACAUGUCUAUUGUAUUUGGGACAUCCUGUAGUAUAUUAUUUCUGACCAUUAUUCCUUGUAGAUGAAUAUAUAAUUGGUCUUACUUUUGCUAAAACGUUGUAUUUCCUAUCAUGAUCUUCAGGCCCACAGAGCUUCAUUAGCUAUUAUUCUCACUGUUAAAGAUCCCGGCACAGCUUUCCCAAAUCAUGUGAUGAUUUCACCGAAGCAAGUCAAUUAUGUUUAUUGCUUGAGUUCAUACGUACUGCAUUUCACUGUCCUCAUUAUGGGAAUGAAUUAUACGUUUAGAUUUUCAAUGGAAGUGUUUAUGCCAGCGUAACGACAUAUAAUAAAAUACGUCAUCCAUUUGUGGCUCUUUACGUUAAAAUUUUGCCAGUUGAAUGGGGAUCAAAUCCUUGUUUACGACUUGGCUUAUUUGGAUGUGCAUUCGAAGUGACAACAACGCCAGCACCAACAACCAUACCUACAACUCCAGAGAAGUGUAAAGAGUUUGAAUGUGAUAAUGGUAAGAAAACAUUUUAAACCAAUCCAGUGGCGAAUUACCCAGUGGACUGAGUAGACUGAAGCCUACAGGCGCAAGCCUUCACGAGGCCCGUGAUUUUCAGAUAAUGCACUUUUUAUUAAAAUUACUAUAUUUUUGUCCUUAGUUAAGCAAUGAGAUAUUGGUAUGCUUAGUAGCCAAAUCCAAAAGCUAUAAGUUCCUUGGGUGUUGACCUUUACCGUAGCGUCUACACGCAAUUUAACUGUGCAAUGUUCAACACUCAUGAAGUACAGCAUAAUAAUUCGUGGAUAUUUUCGCAGACAUUCUCAAUCAAAAUAAAGGAACGGGAGGAGCGCAAACGUCGACAAGAUUGGCGUAGUAGUGGUGCCAUCAAAUCAUGAUUCAAAAAUCAGAAUCAUUCCACAAAUUGCAUUUUCAUAGUUUCACGCUCUUCUCCCAAGUACUCAUUGUUCGACUUAUUUUAAUUUUUCUGGAAAAGACCUUUAUCUUUUUAUAGGAAAGUGUAUCAACAGAAAAUACGUCUGUGAUAAGUAUGAUGACUGUGGUGACAAUUCUGAUGAAGGAAACGACUGUCCUAUAUGUCGUCCUACUCAGUUCCAAUGUAAAAAUGGCAAAUGUGCUAGCAAACAGAAUGUGUGUGAUGGAGUCAAUGACUGCGGGGAUAAUUCCGAUGAAUACCAGAACUGUACAUGUUAUGAGUUUACUUGUAGUAAUAAGACGUGUAUAACCUUCAGGUUAGUCUUCUUUAAAUGCAUAUAUGACAUGAAAGUGUUUAUUUUUUAUCUUGUUUCUAUGUUUCCUUGUUGGGACAUUUCAUUUCGUCUAAUAAUGCAAUGCAACCAACGUGGUGUCAUAUUGAUGUCAUUUACAUCUGAUGAGAUAUCAGUGAAGAUUCAUACCUUCAUUCUCGUUUCAUCAAUCAAAAUUAUUUAAAGUGCGAUACUAAUGAGAUAGCUCAGUUUUUCAAACUGACUUAGCUUGUUUAUUUCUUGAGAUAUUUAACAAUGUUUGAUACACAAAUUGCCCUAUGACGUCAAAUGCAUAAUCGUUUUCUGAAAAACGUUUACAACCCUUAUCGAUAAUUGAUUCAAAUUUGUUGACGUACAACAUAUCUUUGUAGAUCGACCAGCAGUUCAUAACACAAAAUGUACGGUUUUAUAAUUUCGACCCAAGAUAUCCCGAGAUCUGGAAAUAUUUUCAGAAAUUGUAUAUAAAAAAUGGUUAGUCAAAAACUAUUAAGCAAGUUGAAAGAGUUUAACAAAGUAUCUUAUGUGGUCAUUUUGUUUUUUUACAAUGCAAUCAUAAAAAAUGGCGUGAAAUUUCGUUGCAUAGCACUUGAAAGUCUGAUAUCUUUGUGAGUAUUUAAUAAAAUUCAAUGAAACUUGGUACAUUAGUGGGUGCACCCAUAUAAACAUUUUUGCUAGGUCAUGUAGUUGUCAUGGUAAUAUUUACUAAUCUAUGUAGUAAUCCUCAAUCUCUUUCCUUACUUUUCACAAAUUUCUUCAAAUUUCAACUUUCGUUUCUAAGCACUUUAAUACAAACUAAGAAGUAAAACAUUCACUGAAAAUAUUCAUAUUUAGUUAUGAUACUGCUUUAUUAAAAUCUUUUGUGAAAUUAAUUAGCGAUAUUAAUAAUUAUUUUAUUACAACGACGUUUUGAUGCUUCUUGCAUCAUUUUCAGUUAAAGAUAAGAAUUAUUCGUGUUUAUGUGUUUAGCUUUAAUUAUAAAGGUUCACGUGUUCGUGUCACGUAAACAAAUCAUUUGCGCAAGCAGGCAAAAUAUUUUACUAAAUGCACAAGACAAAAAAAUACAAAAAUAUUAAAAACAUUUAGCUAUUUACACAUAAGACAAACACAACAAACAAGAUUAACAAAUUAAUAUUAAGCAAAUAGCUUAGAACGUAUCGAGUCAGACUGAGUGUUGAAAGAUGGCUUCAGUUCCCUACAGAGGCGUAGCCAGGGCUACCCCCUGGCAAAAGUCCCCCCCCCUGAUAAAAUGUAUUGUAUAAAAAGGGAAUCCUUGAUUAUAUAGCUUCAUGCCGUCAAUAAUGCAAAAAUUCUGUAGAAUAUAUGCUUUGAUGCGCAUCGGUGUGAAACCUAAAAUCUUGUUCGCUUAUUUGCAACACACAACUUGAAACACCUUUUCUAACCCUAAAUAUUAAUAUGUAUUAAAUGAGGGUUAGAUGAAGUUUAAACUAAUCUGGCUUUUUUACCAGUGAAUUUUUAACGCGGGCUCGGUGAAAAAUCACAUGUGUCGAUAAUUAAUUUUACCCAGCACUGCACAGAAUGCCUUGCGCGAACUUUGCGUCUCGAGCGACUGGCGGCUUGGCCCCACCUGGGUUUUGCUGCCCUCCCCCCUGACCAAAAAUUCUGGCUACGCCUCUGGUUCCCUAAUGUAAAGCAUCUCGUAGAGUAGGCACUCAUACUUCCCUCGACACUAGAGCAGAAUUGAAAAGCAGUUUUCAAUCCUCGAUGUACUCUAGUUUCCAUGAUGAUUACGCAUAUGGAUUCCUACCACUGAUCCCUUGUGUUCAUCAAUGCGUUGAUGCCUAUAGGUGUCGACAAGUAUAGCCAACAUAUAAUCCGCAUCGCACAGAUCACAUUUAAAUUUAAUUAAAGCUAAAAACGAAUGAUUUUUAUCUUUAACUUGAAAAUGAUGCAAGAAGCAUCGAAACGUCGUUGUAAUAAAAUAAAAUAUCCCUAUCAUUUGUAUAAUUUUACUAUAAUAUAUAUUCGUAACUAUACUACUACGAUACAGACAACGAACGCGUGUAGGGUUGAAAAGGUUGUUAAAUUAGCACCAAGUACUACCAAGUGUUCAGAAAGGUUAUAUUUUCCUUAUCCCUUGUUCGUGUGCUCUUUCUGCUCAACUUCUGGAGUGCUUUCAUAACUCGAUAUAGAACAUGCCAGAGCUUUGAAGUUAAGACCAGUUAAUAGUUUUGAAUAAGUUUGCUUUGUUUUCAAUCUGUUGAAAAUUCCUAAUUAAGUUAGACACAAGUUAGAACUCGUACACUCUAGAUGCUCUGUUAGUUGAGCAGUUCCAUUAACUGAAUGUCAGAUUAAGGUAAAUUUGUGUAUUUAAACCGACGAAUUUUAAUCAAACAUGUUCUUGUUGAUCUACAAGAUACCGUAUCAGUCAAUGCAAUAUAAUUCUGCAUAUGUCAAUACAUAUUUCUUUACAGGAAACUUUGUGACGGCAACAAAGACUGCUCACAUGGAGAAGACGAAACAAAUUGUAACAAAACGGCACCACCUCCUACUACUUGUCGUGUAGGCCAAUUCCAAUGCCCUAGUGGCAAAUGCAUUCCAAGCGCUUAUCUGUGCGAUAAAUACAUAGAUUGUCCAGGAGGUAAGGAUGAAAAUAAUUGUACAUGCGGUCGGGGAGAGGUGCCUUGCUUAGGUAGUGAAAAGUGUAUUCCGAACGAAUGGGUUUGCGAUAAUUAUGUUGAUUGCCCUAAUGGAUCAGAUGAAUCACCAGAAAGCUGUCCCAAAACAACACCAGGCACUCCUACAGGUUUAACAACAACUGCUGGUACACGUUUUACAACUUCUGAACAACCAACCGUUUCAACAACUCAGCGUAGUCCUACUACUGGUCCUACUACUGGUCCUACUACUGGUCCUACUACUGGUCCUACUACUGGUCCUACUAUUGGUCCUACUAUUGGUCCUACUAUUGGUCCUACUAUUGGUCCUACUACUGGUCCUACUACUGGUCCUACUACUGGUCCUACUACUGGUCCUACUACUGGUCCUACUAUUGGUCCUACUACUGGUCCUAUUACUGGUCCUAUUACUGGUCCUAUUACUGGUCCUACUACUGGUCCUAUUACUGGUCCUAUUACUGGUCAUACUCCUAGUCCUACAACUGGUCCUGCUUCUGGUCCUACUACUGGUCCUACUACUGGUCCUAUUACUGGUCAUACUCCUAGUCCUACUACUGGUCCUACUUCUGGUCCUACUACUGGUCCUACUACUGGUCCUACUACCGGUCCUACUACCGGUCCUACUACUGGUCCUACUACUGGUCCUACUACUGGUCCUACUACUGGUCCUACUACUGGUCCUACUACUGGUCCUACUACUGGUCCUACUACUGCUGGUCCUAUUACUGGUAAUGCUCCUAAUCCUACUACGGGUCCUACUACUGGUCCUCCUACUACUGGUUACUGGUAAUGCUCCUAAUCCUACUACGGGUCCUACUACUGGUCCUCCUACUACUGGUCCUCCUACUACUGGUCCUCCUACUACUGGUCCUCCUACUACUGGUCCUCCGUACUACACCAACCGGUUCAAGGACUCAACCAAGUACUACAGAAAAGACAACUGCUGGUCCAUCUAAUAAAACUACUGAAAAACCAACCAGUCCAACGACUCAAACUACAACAGGUUAGUAUACGGUUUAUUAAACGAAUAUACAAAUUAUACUGUAGAAUGCUUAUUUCAAUAUGUUUAUAGUGAAAAAAAUUGUCUAAUGGUGCAUUUAAAUGGCAGAUUCACCUGGCAUAAAUUCGUACAGAAAAGAAUAUUCUUUGGUCUUAAGGUGGCUCGAUACACUUUUCGAAAAUUCAGGUGUUCAACACUUUGACAUGUUGACACUACGCAUUUUUAGGAUUUGUUCAGCACAUAUUGGAGUUUUUAUAUAUUUUGAUAUCUCUACUUUGAGAUUAUAUUAGUUUCAGUAACAGAUAGUUUGUUGCCAUGAUGACAUACGUGUACGAAAUCCACUCCAAAAUUUAAUGGCCUCUCGCCUCGUAUAGUUGGAAAAGAUGCAUGGUGUCCCCCCAUUUUUUUCGUGCAUUAACAAUUAGCAAAAUAUGAUAAUAUUCUGUGGUGCCAUUUUUUGAAAAAUAAGAAAGUGUCGUACUCUUCGGUAAAAUGUGUUUGACAUUACAGAAUUUUCUAUUUUUCAUAUAAUGAAAGUUUUUAGCGGUGCAAUACAGCAUGCAAAAUUUGAACAUAGGUUACGAGACAAAAUAGAGAGAUAUAGCGCAUUGUUUUUCUAAAAUGGAAAAUUCUAAUGACUUCAGCAAUUGACAUAAAACGCUAUAAAACACGCGCAAUGAGGUAAGAUUGCGCGAAGAACUGGUCACGUCAGAUCAUUUUGGAAGUUCUUUCAUUUUGUUAAUCAGUUUCCACAACCUGCGCGUAAAAAUGGUCACCCGGUUUUGUUCGUGAUUGUUAAACAGGGUUUUUGUGAUAACUAUAUCGAGCCACCUUAACUAUAAUAGUUUUGUUUCGGCAUAUCCCUUACAAUUGAAAGACCCUUACCACAGAGUGGAUACAUAUACAGAGUUAUACUGUUAUAACUAGUGUACCCACUUUUUUUGUGCGCAUGCUCGGCUAGUUACUAGAUGCAUGCAUCCAAUUGGAUGGAAUUGGAUGGCGACUCGUUUUAACUGCUCGCGGAACUUGCCGAGAAUGCGCAGUUGAUCAUUUUUUGCUGAAAAAAGUGGGCACAUGAAAACGUAAGUUUCCGCAGUGUUUACAACGGCCAGUUCCAGCUCUGUAUAUGUAUCUACUCUGUGCCCUUACAAUUGAAAAAUAAAUAAUAAACAACCAAAUGCCCGUCCCCUUAAUAAGCAGACUUCUAGAAUUAGUCGCGCCACAAAUAGUGGAAAGCUGUAUCGCAAAAUUAUCAGGUAAAGUUAAAAUGCCAACCACUAUUACGUUUCCAGUUAGCUAAUACAAUUCUUAAUUCACGAAGAGUGUCUUGUAUUUUACGUGAGGCAGGAAGAAGCAACUAGUCUACAGUAAAUCUACAGUUCUUCAAUGUAUAAUUAAAUGUAAUAAUGAUGAUAAUUAAGAAUACUCAUUUUCACAAAUAGUGAACUUUUUAACUUGUUUUAUUUAAGGUUUUUUCACUGGCAUAAACACCGUAACAACAAAAAAGCCUACAGGUGGACAUGCUUGUAAGUAGGAUUUCUCAUCAUUUGUAAAUUAAGAAUAGUAUACGCCGUUUAUAUAGAUAAAUAACGCACUGUUAAGCAUAGCCAAUUAACAAAAGCAAUAGCGACUAAGACCAGCAUUCCUCACGGGCAUCAAGUCUAGUGACGUCAUUAUGCAUAAGGUCUAUUAUUUAGGUAUCCCCCCUUAUAAACUUUAUAAUUAAAUUUACAUUAUACAACAUUACACUGUUUAUAAACUAUAGUUGAGGUAAAGCUCAGUUUGCGCGUAACCCACAACUGAUCUCUAAAAUACGUAAAUGGGAGAUUUGGGGGAAAUUGUACAGAAAAUAGAAGUAACUUGGUUUUGAAAACAUGUGACUUGGGCAUACACGAAACGAACUUUACUUCAAUCAAAGAACUUUACAUUAUUUUAAUUUCUGUGACAUGGGCAGUCACGAACAAGAGACCAGGUACAUGGUAUGUUUACAUCAAAAGCUGAAUUACGUAAAAACGAAUAAGUCCGAUGAAGAAAGUUCUCAAAAGUCAAAACUAGAUAAUGUCAAGAAGCUAUUAAGUGAAGCAGUUCUACACACUAAGUUCUAUAAAUGAACUGUUCGAUUAAAGUAAGAGUUCUUGAAUGUAGUUGUUGAGACUUGUUCUAAAUAACGGCCCUUGAAGUAAUAGAUUAUGAUUAAGGUUAGUCGAGGAACUAACAGAAUAGAUGAUCGCCCAGCUAUAGACUAAAUCUUGAUCUAGGCAAAAAGAACAAAAUCCGUCACCACAGCUAGAAAGAGCGUGUUAAAAUUACUUUAAUUAAUUUGGUCGCAAAAUUUUGUAAAAUGUGGAACUGAUAUAGCCCUGCGAAAUUUGCAAACAAAGUCUACGUAACCGUGAUAAAAAAUCAUGUCACAUUACGAUAGAGCCAAGUUUAAAAGUUUAAUGAAGGUAAUUCCGCAGUAAUUGUUCCCGAAAUGAGAAUGUGCUGAAACUUCUCAGGCAUGGAGUUUAUGAUAUACUUAAAGUAAAAUCACACAAAAAAGUUGGGGUCACCGAACUCGUUAAGAAGAUAUGACAAUCACAAUAUACCACCUUUACCCCAAUAUUGCGUCAUCUUGACGCUCAUUACGAGUAACAGCAAAAUCACAACAGCCCGAUAUUUAUUGACGUUUUUAGCGCGGAUUUUGCUUUAGUAAACCUACCUUGUAAUUGUUUUUGAAAACAAUAUUGUGUUUUGAGCAAAAUGGAACUACUAACGUGUACAAUUCUGAUCCACAAAUGUCUUUUGCACAUUUCUUUACAUAUCUUUCUUUGAGAACAUACAUUGAUAAAGCAUUUUUUUCAAGAUCCAGAAAUGAUUUUUCUUUUAAUUUCAGAUAUGAAAUGUAAAAUGCAUUAAAGAAAUAAAUUAUCGGUUAAAAAAUGGGGGUCACCGAUCUUUUUAGGGAAUUGCGGCAUUAAAACGUGAAAUACAAGUAAAUGAAUAAAUAUACUACAGACACAGGACCCUAGCUACACUUUUGUAUGCCUUUUUUGAAAACAUUGAUUUUAACGUAAUAUUCUUUGCACGAAUGUAACCAAAGAUGUUUUGAAGUAACAUAAAAUUGUCAUAAAAUGAUAUUUUUUAAACAGUACGUAUAAUGGAUGAAAUUAUAAGUCAUAAGAUGUGCGCAGUAAAAGUGCGCAAUGCAAAACUGCGGAAUUACCUUAAAUAAGAGCUCUGACAAAAAUAAGGUUUUGCGCUGACGUGUGGUAAUUUAAUAAAAAAAUGAUGCCAUAAGUGUUAAGUUUUUCUGAUAAUAAGUCUUUGAUAAUAUUAACUAUUAAUUAUGAAAAUAAUAUUAAUGAGGAGAACAAUAGUUGCCAAGCUAGCAGUCUGUACAGUAUAUGUUCAUGCCAAUACGCAAUUUUUUAACCUUUUCUCUUUUUCUUGCACUAUACUUGCAGCUAACCCUCCUACUACUGGUCCUACUACUGUUCCUACUACUGGUCCUACUACUGGUCCUACAACUGGUUUUUCUUGCACUAUACUUGCAGCUAACCCUCCUACUACUGGUCCUACUACUGUUCUAUGA